AUGUCGACCUGCGACAUGUUCAUCAAGCUCAUGAUGCUCGGGGACACGGGUGUCGGGAAAACUGCCCUGGUCGUGAAGUUUGUCGACGACGGCUUCAAGAACGACGACAAGCCGACUUUUGGUAUCGACUUCAAGCACAAGAUGCUGUGGAUGGGAGGGAAGCGAGUGAAGCUCCAAAUCUGGGACACGGCCGGUCAAGAGCGUCACCACACCAUCACGAAGCAGUACUACCGAAGCGCUAUGGGCAUUCUUCUCUGCUACGAUGUCACGCGUGAGGAUUCCUUCCAAAACAUCAAGCGCUGGAACGAGCAGAUCGAGUUGCACGGCGCCAAGGACGUCCAGCGCAUCCUGGUCGGAAACAAGGCGGACGCGGAAGACAUCGCCGUGUCCCCGGAGCGGGGUAGGGCGCUGGCAGAGCAAUAUGGCAUGCCCUUCUUCGAAUCCAGCGCGUGGUUUGGCCAAAACGUCAACGAGGACCCACAAUGGUUGCAGAGUUUCGAGGGUUGA